GUCACGUUAGAUGUACAUGCAACAAWCGUAGGUUCUUUCCAAGCACGCCGCUAUAUAAUCACCCAAAAAGAACAGGCUAGUUUCAAAGCUUGAGAAUAAUAAUCUAGUAAAGAAUGUCUUCGUAUAUACCAUGGAGAAGGUCCAAAAACAUCGUCCGAAUUCUACGACUUCAAGGUACUAUUCAGGCUCAAUCUUCAAGUCCCAGGGCACUGAAUUUGCGUAGAGUAGAAAAGUCCAUCGAGAAAGCUUUUGACGUAAAGAAAGUUAAGCCCAAAGCCGUGUGCUUAGAAGUAAAUAGCAUGGGUGGUUCUGCAUGCCAGUCAAAUCUCAUUUUUAACCGAAUCAGAUCCAUGGCAACAGAAAACGAAAUCCCAGUCAUCACAUUUGCAGAGGAUGCAGCYGUGUCUGGGGGCUACUGGUUGGCAUUAGCAGGAGAUGAGAUAUUCAUCGACCAGAACUCUUUUAUUGGGUCAAUAGGCGCCCUUUCUGGUAAUAUUGGCCUUGUUGAAGCAGCCAAAAAAUUAGGAAUUGAAAGUCGAAUUAUCACAGCAGGUGAAAAGAAAGUCAGGAUAAAUCCCUUUGAACCAGUAAAACCAGAAGAUGAAAAACACAUGAAAGCCCUUUUAGUCCAAAUACACAACAAUUUUAUUAACCUUGUUAAAGAACGCAGACCAAACAUUCAAAAAGACCACAAGACAGUCUUCGAAGGAGAUUUCUUUAUAGGKGARAAGGCUGUUGAAAUAGGCCUUGCAGAUGGCAUAGUAACYGACAUGAAGGAACUGUGCCGUAAAAGAUUUGGAAAAGAUGUUGAAUUUCAGAGAUGUGACACAAAGGGUGGCUUUUUGGGUCGAUUGACAAGAGGAGAGAUGAACACACAAGCAUCUAUUUUGAUUGAYGAGGCACUCGACACAAUCUCUGUGAGGGAAACACAAUCAAGAUAUGGCAUUUAAAAAACUGUAGACAUAUACAUGCAUAAGCUGGAAGAGAUCCUGAAUAUUAAGAUAUUCAHUGACUACUUUUGAUUUUUUGAGAGUAAAACAACUAAAAACAAUAAGAAGUUGGGCCAUAAAAUUAUUGCAAUGUAACUUCAGCUCUUCAGCCCACAUUCUUACACCAAAUAUAUAUCAAACCCUUUUAUACAUAAAUAMAUUUAUUGUUGUAAGAAUAUUUGUUGGACAGGUAAUAAAAUUGUGUAUUCAGAAACU